GCUCGUUUACUACGAGGAUCCAGCGUGUCCGGUAAACGGUGGGGAAAAGCGGCGAGACGCACGCGCUCUGCUCCGCGCGACUCGUACGAUACGACUCUUUUCACUGCACACACACUCUCUCGCUCUUACAUUGACUGGACGUUGCUAAAAAGAAUAAGAAUAAAAAAUAAAAAUAAAGAGGAAGAAAAAAGGCGGCCGAGGAGAAAGAAAAUAAAGGAAAUAAAAAACGAUAGGGAAUCGGCUUGGAAAGCCCUCCUGGCCGAGUAACCGGUCAGUUUAACGCGACAUUCGGUUUUUGCAUUUUCACGGGAACGCUCGACGCUUUUCGCUCGAAUAAUCCGGCCGAGCCGUUCUCGACUAUUUCUAAGGAACUUUUCGGGCUUUUUUACAUUUGACGAGAGCCCUCAGCAAGCCUUUUAUGCACUCGUCAUAUCGCGCACUUUAUUUCCCAUAAAUUUAUCCUCCGUUCGGACCCAUAAACACACGUUCAGCGACAUUUGUUUGUGCGCUCGAAUGCGCAACCGGGGAUUUUUCAUCGUCGUGUUUACUCCCUCGCUAAUUCUCUCGUGUAAAUCCACGAACGUGUGUAUUUACUAUUUGAACGACUCCAGCUCCGCGUGUACGCUACACUCGGAUAGGAUUUUCACGGACUUGAACCAACGAGAAUAGAACUGGUGGCGAAGUGUGGCGGGUGUGCGGGCGCGAGGUUUGAGCGGGCGUUUUUAGUUUGAGAUACAGAGCGAGAGCGACUCGAUCUCCGGGGUGCCGCAUAACAACACGCUUCAUUUUUUCACUCGCACUGUUUAUUGAAUAAAACGGGAAUUUUCGGGGCCUCGAAACUUUGCGGGGACAAGGAGGCUCGUGCUUCGCUCUGCGUUACUUUCGUGCGAUCGUUUUCGACGUCCCCGAUCCUCCGGAGCCCUGUGACCCGGUUCGUAGUCGACGGAUUAUUCGAAUUUGGUUUAUCGAUAUUUAUCACCUGCCGUUGAAGCGGACCGAUCGAGGCAGAUCAUCGGGGAAUCGACCAACGUUUUCUCUCCUAGUUCGCGCUGAUUUUUCUCCCCCCUCCCCCACGUUUUUCCUUUUCGCUCUCUCUCUCUCUCUCUCUCUCGCUUUUCUGAGAGUAUCGAGUUACACGAGUUUUUUCAAAUCCUCCGAGAUUUGAGUGAUGGCGCAGCUGAUCGGCGUCAAAUUGUCCCGCUUCGACGGCUCACCUUGGGGCUUUCGCCUCCAGGGCGGAAAGGAUUUUGGCACUCCGCUCAUCGUUCAAAAGGUAAAUGGGGGAUCGCUGGCAGAGCAGGCGGGCCUCCGGGCUGGUGACGCUGUUAUCAGAGUCAACAGCACCGAUAUGUUCAACCUGAGACACAAAGACGCUCAGGACGUAAUCGUCAGGUCGGGAAAUAGUUUCGAGAUGACAGUCCAAAGGGGUGGAAGCACGUGGCGACCGAGCGUUUCGCCGGUGAGUGCAUCAUUGCCCUCGCCUCAGCCGAGCGCACCUGCUUCGUGUGUGUCACCGGUAACGAAGACGUCAUUGGCAGCGAAGAAGCAAGACGCGCCGUUAAUUGGAAGCGGGCACAAUUUCUCGCCGAAACCUUUCCUGAACGGAGGCAGCGACGGACCGAUCAAGUCAAUCGUCAACAAGCAGUACAACAGCCCCGUUGGAAUCUACAGCGAAGAAACGAUCGCUGAGACGUUGUCGGCCCAAGCCGAAGUCCUCGCUGGUGGAGUAUUGGGGGUCAACUUCAAGAAAAACGAGCGUAAUUACAACGCGGAGAACAGCGAAGUGUUUAAAAUGGUCCAGGAAGCCGACAAAGAGCCCAAGACGCCGGAGCCUGCUGAGCCGGUGGUACACAGCGGAGUGGUGACACCAUCCUCGCCGGCGUUGACCGGUUUGAGAUCGGUACAAGCACCGGAAACGAAGCCCCAGCCCACGACCCCACAAUCCAGUUUGCCACCGGGACAAAACAUUUGCGCGGAUUGUGAGAGGCUCAUCGUAAAAAUAGACUUUCGUCAGUUGUCCCUCGUGAAGCCAGAGGGCGUCCUAGAACCACAAAUUUCUUCAUAUUUCGCCGCACAAAUAGUGGAUCGAGUGAGUCAAGGUUGGUCUUUUGAACUUGAUGUCGUAGUUACUUCGCGGACGGAAUUUUAUUCCUCGAUGAGCCACGCGGUGGGCGGACGCGCGACUUCCCCGAGGUCGCCGACACCCCUGGGUCGUAAUUUGGGCCAGAGCCAGCCGUUUGCAAAUUCCUACGAGAGCUCGGCGGCGGGCGUUGCGACUAACGAAAGACAACUGCCGAUUGAUCAUCAACGACGAGACGACGAUACGUAUAAUCAGGGGCCAGUGACGCAGCCUCCCUCUUCCUUUGACACUCGAACGCGUGACGUCACUUUUUGUAGCAACUGCGACAAUCCCAUAGUCGGUGUUUUCGUGAGGAUCAAGGACAAAAAUCUCCACGUUGAAUGCUUCAAGUGCUCCACCUGCGGCACCUCCUUGAAAAACGUUGGAUAUUACAACAUUAACAACAAAUUGUAUUGCGACAUUCACGCGAAACUGGUCGCGAGGCAGCAAGCACCUUCGGGAAUGACGCCAAUCACCGUGCCACCGGGUGGAAAAGCUCCGGCCGGGACAAUCUCAGCAGCCCUUUCGAGUCUCGGUGGCAGCGGGCCUCUGUCUCCACCACUGAACAGCCACAGUUCUCCUCAAGCUUUUUCCGCCCGAUUAGAGCGUCGUUCGAGCGGUGAUCUGGGAAGUCCACCGAGACGUUUGUCUCGCAUCGAACAGCCGAUUUAUUGUGAGUCGACGAGAACGAUUUCGAGUAACGGGGCGCGGGGGAUUUACGACGAGAGCGAUUCUUACAGCAGGGAGGAUCCUCGCAACGGGAGAACUUACACGAGUACGAUUACGUUCAGGACCGGAAACGAGGUUGGCCGAUCGGCGGACGUAACGUCCGACGUUGAUCUUGACGAUAAUCGAAAUCCCACUAACAAAGCGUUGCACGAAUCGGAUUUGUCGUUCGUUCACAGCCCCGCUUUUGCCCAGCAAACAUUUGUCGUUUCCUCGUCGUUGAGUCCGCCGAAAUCGCUCGAGAGUUCGAGGCUCAAUGACGCCGUCGAUUCGCCCAAGAAAUCCUUCGUCGUUUCCUCCACUCUGUGCCCACUAAAAUGGUCGAAGAACGGUAGCCCCGAGAGCGAGAAAGGCGAGCUCGAAAAAUCGGUUAACGAGCUGACGAUCGGCGGAGUUAACGGCUGGAGGAAUGGAAACGAGGAGAAACGAAACGAAUCGAAUUUGUGCGACGACCACGAAGCCCCGGUCGUCAACACUUUCGACGUUCCGCGCUACCACGUUACUAAUCACAGGCUAAAAAUGGGCACGUAUUCGGCGUACAACCGAUUUCCGGAGAGCCCGUUUUCGACGAGCGAAACACCGGGGCCUCAAAGUCCCGAAAAAUUAAUAAUCCCCGAAGAAUUGAGGAGCAGAGAGGCGCUCGAGAUAUCGAACGCGAUUUUCAAUCACCGCUACCGAUCGAUCGGCCGACGUCUCGGGAAUAACGACAUUCCGGGGGUCAACGGGGUCGAAAAAACAGAGGCCAACGGUACCUUCGUACGGAGCGCUUCCCUCAGGCUCCAAAAUGGCAACGGGAAGUACAAAAACGGCGGAAGUGACGAAGAGACCGGCAAAGAUCGUGAAAUUCCUGGAUACCGAUUUCUCGCGACGAACGGACGACAUUUGCCGAUCGUUUCCGGUUUGAAAAACUCCGUCGAUGCUUCCGAGAACUUGUUUCUUACGAGCAAACGACCAACGACCGAUUUAACCACGACAGCUCAGCCUUUUUCUUCACACACGAGCAAACUGAGCCACACGUCGAACAACAUCAGUGGACCGAAACCAUUCGGAGGUUCGAGCAUAAUUGCACCCAGCAAUUAUUCCUCCCCGCCAGUCCAAAACUCCGGUAGCAACACUUUGCCUCGCCCGCAGACUCAGACAGUUACCGGUCGUUUCUCUACCCUGCCAAUGCCGAAAGCUAAACCUUUUCGAGUUCUUUCUCGCCUGCAUGUGCUUCCGCGUUGUAAACUAACUGGAAAACUGAUCUCCGGCGUUGCUAAUGAACCUGCGCUCGCUCCGCAAAACCUUGACCCGAUCGUCGCCCCGAAUCCUCGACAACCUGAAACCCCGAAUCCUCUGGGAGCAGAAAAUUAUUACGAAGAGUCUGAUUGCUACGAGGCGGCGGAGGCUCCGGUGUACGAAGUGGUUCGGGAGGAGGAGCACUGGAAACAGCAACGAGCGUCGAGCUCGACGUCGACGAGGAGCAGGAAUUUGGUGUGGCCGCCGGUGAAGCAGAUCGAAGACGUAACUUACCCGACGGCGAGUCCGAUUUGGAUCGACCCCAAUCCGGUUUUGGAGCGGCGUCCGCGCCACAACGUGCGAGAAAAGCGAGCGACGCUCCAGGAAGCUGCGGACAGUCGUUGCGGGAGCCGGUGCGGAAGCCGUUGCGGCAGCAGGUACGAGGAGCGGGAGUACGAAAGACAUUCGCUCGCUUCGUCGUCCGCGAGGAUAACCAGCAACCGAGAAAUGAGCGCGGACCGAGGCAGCUGCGCGCAUCCGUUUUUCCGGAAAACGGAAGUGUCGGAAACGCGACGAGAGUGUCGAGCGCCGGUUUACACGCCGCGCUCGAGCUCCGCCGAGGGAAUGCGUCGGUCUCUGACACCGACGAGGAUCUCGCAACCGGUGCCGAAGCCCUGGGUCGCCACGGUUUCAUCGGGAACGAGUUUCUACGGCCACGUAGAAGGGCCCCCGCAACCGGAGGUCGAAACGGUCUGCACGAGGACUUGUCGGUGUCAGAUCCUCUGCGAAAGAACCUCCGGGCCGCAGGGACCCGGCCACGAGCAGCGACACACUUACCGCGAAGUUUCUUGCGAGGUGUGCCGGCCACCGGUGGCUCAGCAACAAGUGUGCAGACAUCCGGGGCCCCCUGAGCCGGAAGUGCCGAAGGAAGUGCCCCGGGAGGACGACGAGGAGGUGGUCGAUCUGUCCAAAGUGGUGCCGCCCGACGUCGCCAUCUGCCCGAAAGGUGUCGAGUCCCAGCACAACCUCUUCACGGAAACGAUGGAGAAGGACGUCGGUGACAUACACAUUAAGAAAACGACGAUUUACGAGAAGACUGUGGAGGUGCUGUCGCCCGAUCGCGCCAGGUCACCGGAGCCCGAGGAGCAGCGGCAUCAGCCAGCAGAGUCCGUCGAGCCGCGCCAGGCGACCUCGGAGGAGGAGACGUGUCAGCGAAGUUCAGCGACGCUGGAUCGCGAGGUGGAGAACAUUUCUGAGCGAAGAACCAGCGUGGAGAACAUUUCUGAGCGAAGGACGAGCGCGGAUAACACCACGGAGCGGAGAACAACGGUGGGGUCAACGGAAGCCUUGACCUCGGCUAUCAGCACCGCGCAAAUGAUGGAAAAUGCGAAAAGAGAAGAGGAAGCUCAGCGAGCCGAGUACGCCAAGGUCUGCCGCGAGGAGCAAGAGCGUCUCCGUCGACUGGAGCAAGAGUGCCAGGAGCAGGAGCGCCGUUACGAGGAAGAAAAGGCUCGCAGGAAAGAGCGCAAGCGCGUCGCGUUCAGCGGGCAGCAAGCCUGCAAGGUUCUGCAAGAGAGUUGGGUACCGGAGCAGUACACCGAGCGCACCGUCUACGGCAACGAGCAGGAGGCCGCGGAACAGCAAGAAGAGAGACCCGGCGAGGAGCGCUACCGGGAGCUGAAGGAAGAGAUCCAGAUCCAAGAGGACUUGGAGCAGCUCGAGCAGCAGCGCCGCCAGAGUCUCCGGGAGCAGGUCGAAGUGCACCAGUGUUUGAGGGAGCAGCAACAGCCAACGCCGACCGAGAAGCGACCGAGUCUCCAGGAGCGCAGACUCAGCGCGAGGUUCCGGGACACGGCUGCGGACCGCCAAGCCCGGGAGGAACAGUACCAACGGCAGGGAUGCGAGGCAGCGCCGCAGCAGCCCGCCCCGGCUCCCGAAACGACAGAAACUUGCCAGAGGAAACACGUCCAGUUCACGGCUCAGUCUGAAACUGUGACGAGACAAUUGCCUCCGUCGACGAUCAAGAACGCAACUGCCAAGGAAUGGAAGUCCGGAAUGCUCCAAGCGCUGACGACCGCCCCGGCUCGAGCUUACUCCCCCUUCGAUGCCUCCUCGACUCGGCAAACCGACAGCGGCGAAUCGACGUCGAGAACGGUUUACAGCAGAGAAGUAAAGUAUCAGGAAAGCUGCAGGCCGUGUCCGCAGCCCCCGGCACCCCGGUACGAGGAGGCCAGGCCAGUCUCCCCUUUCCAGGCCGCGCUCCAAACAGCCCCGGAACGUCCUUACACGCCCCUCGGUCGCGAGUCGGGAGAGGGUUGCGACAGAGUGAUCUGCGUCGAUCGAUCCCAGACUCCGGUUAACUGGACGACGAGCGAGGGCUACUGCCACCCCGCCGAGAUCCUCUACACCGACGACAAGACCCGGGAGGCGAGAUCGAGAGAGCGGAAUUUGAGGAGAGUCGAUGGUCCCCAGCCUCUGCCUACGCCGCCGCCGGACUAUCGAUUGAGGGACGCCACGCCGUCGCCAGCGCGCUCCUCCAGACCGGGCACUCCGAAGGAUCGCUCGCUCAUGACCGGCUUGAAGAAGCCUGGAACGAUUCCGUCCUAUCAGAGGUACCUCGUCUCCAUGCAGCACGACGCCAUGGACGCUCAGCCUUUCGUACCGAGCCGAUCCCCAACGCCGAAUCGCAACAAAUCCCCCGCCCAGGGCCCGCCGGAGGCUCCGGUGUGCUUCGCGAAGGCGCACGCUCCCAGGAUCCGGGACAGUCCGCCACCCUGCAAGCGAGCUACUUCCACUUGCCGUCAACAACAAACCUCCUCGUAUUCUUGCUACGCGCCGGAGAGAGAAGCUCUUUCUUAUCACGUCGAAGAAGACACCCCAUCCGGACAUCGGGCCUACCACGGGGUGCGCCAGUCCUACUACUCGGACGACUCACGAUCCGCGGACGUUGAACGCUACUGCGAAACUCAAAGAUCCCAGCAAUACGAAUGUCGGGAAGAAAAAACCAGCGUCCCGCCUCCGUACGAACCCGAGGAACCACCGAGCUGCGCCAUCAGCAAGGACAACCGAGUCCAGCCUUCGCUCUCCUGUCCCCUGGCCCACUGCUCCGGCUCCGAGAGGUUCCCCAGGACCGGAGUCCGCGUUUUGCCGCCCUGCCCGCCGCCCGGGAGCUGCACCCAGUCCUACGAGACCCGGCGACACUGCCACCAGGAACGCCAAACGACAAGGAGCAGCGUUUACACGACGCAGCAGUCGAGCGACAGCUGCGCCGAUUCGGGAGUCACGAUAAUGCCGUGCAAAACUACGACGAACUCCGGGACCAAGGCCGGGAUCGUGAUAAUGCCCUGCGAAGGUGACGACAACGCGGCCUGCUCCCGUGCCGGCAUUUGCGUCACUCCGACCCGCGACAGGUCCGGGGUCUGCGUGUCGCCCGUCGCGCAUCAACGAUCGACCUCCAACUGCGCCAAGGGCGGCCAACGAUCGGGCGGCUCCACCAUCGACAUCGGCGGUUGUCCAGCUUCCGGAGUCCGCGUGGCCGCCUGUAACGACGGAUCGAUCUGCGUCGCGCCGUGCUCCAUCCCAGGAUACUCCUCUGUCAAAUGCCCUAAACCGAUCCUCAAGAGCCCUUGCCCCAAGGUCCCUUAUCCCCAGAUUCCUCUGCCCAACGAGGGCCAGGAAUCCUCCACGACCUACGACUCCUCCACCGUGGAAAUUCAAGCCUCCGCAUGCCCACCCGAGAGCCUCACGACCACCUGCACCGUUACGGAACAGCAGAGCUUCCAGCCCAUCCCCGAACGCCGCACUAACCUCAGCAAUCAGCUCACCCGCUUGACGCUCAAACGUGACAAGCAACACGUUGUCCAGCUUUUCAAACCCCAGGCCCAAGCCUCCGCUCAAUGCCUCGUUACCGACACCCUUCGUCAAACUAAAAGCCAAUAUUACGGAUCCCAGAAUCCCGGACCAAAUUGUAAGACCCAAAGAAACGUAGACCCACCAAAUUUGUCGUCCCAACCGGAUUUAGGUAGCGGCUUCGGCGGAUCCGGCCCCGGUGGCAGAGCGGGCAAAUUCGCUGGAAGCACGGCACCGAAACGUGGUCGAGGAAUUCUCAAUCAGGCAGGCGGACCAGGAUCUCGUCAACCUCUUUGCGCUCAUUGCAGCUCUUACGUCAGGGGACCAUUCAUCACAGCCCUUGGCCAGAUCUGGUGUCCGGAACACUUUGUCUGCGUGAACUCGCAAUGUCGUCGAGCCCUGCAGGACAUUGGUUUCGUCGAGGAAAAAGGUCAACUCCACUGCGAGUAUUGCUUCGAGCGUUUCAUUGCUCCAGGAUGCGACAAGUGCAACAACAAAAUUAAGGGCGAUUGCCUGAACGCUGUUGGAAAACACUUCCAUCCUGAAUGCUUCAAUUGUUCGUACUGUGGAAAGCUCUUUGGCAACAGCCCCUUCUUCCUCGAGGAUGGUCUGCCCUACUGCGAAGCUGAUUGGAACGAACUUUUCACGACGAAAUGUUACGCCUGCGGUUUCCCAGUCGAAGCUGGUGACCGUUGGGUCGAGGCCCUGAACAACAAUUACCACAGCCAGUGUUUCAAUUGCACGAUGUGCAAAACGAAUCUCGAAGGACAGAGUUUCUACGCGAAGGGCGGUCGUCCCUUCUGCAAGAAUCAUGCGCGUUAAACAAACCAAAUAAUCUUUAAGCGAGUACAUCGUAGGAGUAUGAAAAAUUAUUUUUAAACAAAAUUGUGAAAAAUGAUGAAACGAAGCGAAGUACUCGAGGGCGUUUUCACCGCGGUUAUUAUUUAUUGUUUAUUCAUAUCCGCGAUGCAUUGUUGAAUCGUACGCUGAAAUAAAAUUUUCGACUAACCCCGCCUGUAAAAAUACGAUAAAUACGAAUUUCGUGGGUGCAAACUAUCGAAUUAGAUUUUACAACAGUUUGUGACAAUGGGAAGUGCGCUUUCGUUUAAACAAUGAUUCAGUUGCAGGCCCAAUUACAUCAUUGUCACGAAGCAACACUCCAUAUUCAUUCACCAAGAAAACCACUGUUACGUCAAUCCACGAAUAUCGUACCCGAAUAUACAUAUUCAAAUAUUUAUAUACAUAAAUCGAGCACAAUAAUUGCUCAACGAUUUGUUACUUUAAUCACAGUUGUGCAGUCGUAUUUUCGCCUUGUCAUUCGUAAUAAUAGCAAAAUGCGUAUAAUUAACCGGGAAUAUACAACAAACAACAAGUGGUGAGUGUAAUUAGCCGAGGAAUAUCGUUGGGCUCGAAUAGCGGCCACGAUGAGAUCCAAUGCCUCGCUUUUAACUAUUCUUUUACCACGACGAGUUUGUGCGAUAUGUUAUGGAAUGUAAGAUCUAUGAAAAUGUACAGAGUGUUUCAAGAGACCUCGAGACUUGGGGGAGUGAAAAGAUCGUGUAAUUUCAGGAAGGAAAUGUUGAAGAAAAAUUUUUCUAGGACGCACGCUCUUUGAGAUAUUUCCCAAAGUAAGUGUCAACCAAUGAGCUGUCGCGUGGGGAGGAAGUUCCGGUGGGGGGGAGUACGCCCCGCCCCGUUGGGCUCGAGCCCGGUCGAGGCGAACGCUUCGGAUUGGUCGUUUUAUAAAUUAGUCAGGAUCUCGUGAACGGUGGGUCGUAGAAAAAAAUGUGUUGAAAGUUUUCUCUUGAGAAUUUUACAAUCUUUUCAGUCCCGUGGCUCGAGCUCAGUUUCUGGAGCAGCCUGUGCAUUCGUGUACGUAUGUAUCACGUAAAUAAGGGGCAAAGCUUCAUCGCGUUCUCGAGGAAUCACGCAAAGGUCACCGAUGCAAUUAGCGAUUUCCAUUUUCUCUCUCCGUCGUUUAAAUGUGCUCGUCCCUAAUUAGACGUGUCUCGAACAAUAUUUCUCCAUUCAGAUUUUCUGUGCCGACGAUGCACGGACGUGGAACUUUGAAAAUGGACUUUUAACGUUUCUUUAUUUGGCACUUUAUUUGGAACAGCUGCCCUCGCUGUUUGUUUAUUCUUGCGUGAUUCCUCGUGACGUUUGCCUCCAAAGGGAUGGGGAUGAGAGAAGUUGGUCGAGAGAAUAAAAACGUCAGGAAGGAGCUCGCCACUUCCGGACCGUCAGAAUCGUCAGAGGAGAAAAUUAUGAAAGCAAGGAAAAAAUGAGUGAAAACGAGCGACGACGACAGAAAAGCCAGAAAUUGAUCGUAAGUCGACAGAGCAAAAAAAUCUAUGCACGCGAAUACCAAUAAAAAUACCAUUAACGUGUGCAAUACCUGAGAAGCAUCGAAUACACAAACCGAGACGAGGAUACUUUCCGAGCAUAGAUGGCCCAAUGCUCAUGAGUGAGCACGCGAGCUUAGUAUACGUUUUAUUCUUACGUAUAUUGCUUUCGUAAUUUAUCGGUGCCUCCCACCGAGAUAUUUGCUGAAAAAAAAAAAAAAAAACAAAACACGAGUUUCAAUCGACGUCAAUGCCCACCCCUUCCACAACACGAAAUAAAUUCAAUUGCAAUAUUUUUUAUUUCGCAUCUAGCAUGACAUAAAGCACACAUAUUGCUCCGAAGUAUUUCAAUUGUCUCGUCGUAACUUAACACCCGUGCGAAUGAAGCUCUUAAAACUAGUUUUGAAUUUGUUUUCAAAGUUUCUCAAUCACCUUUGGAUUUUUGGCCAAUUUUCGUCUUUGACGUUCUCUUUGAGUUACCCUCCCCUCCUCCACCCUUAAAGAGCGAAAACGCUCGACGAAUUUAGCGACAUUUUUUUUCUACAAAUAAUCCAGAUACUUCAAUUGUUUUACAAUAUUUUUUGUCAUCUUAGAGAUUGAAAGACAAAAAUUCUGGUAACGAAUGAAACAAUCUUCAAUAUUCGAUGUUCCGUCAUUUUCCUGCAAUGCCGAAUCCCCAUUUUCUCUUAUUGCAAAAAAAAUCUUUGUGAAACGACAGUUUUUUCGAAUUUCAUUAUCUUUUCGUGGGAUUUUCGUCGCGCACGUGCCAAAAAAGUCAUAAUAAUAAUGUUAACAACGAAAAGUCAAUGAAAAGAGUGAAGAAGGGAAGAAUAAAAUUUGGCACAUUUUGCAGUCUCUGUAAAAACGUAUCAAGCCUACUUAUAAUUUAGGAAUUAAGGGAUUUUAAGCGUUUACGCAACGAUUUAUUAAUUAAGCUUGUAUAGUCUGUAAAACGAACGAUUGUCUGACCGAGAGAGCGAGUGAGAGUGAGAAAGGCCGAAAUUUAACGAGGAUUCUGCACGGUUUAAUUGGUCUCUAUCGAAUAACAAGAAAAAAGGAAAUAAAAACGAUUUCGUUGAGUUAUCCUCAGUUUAAUCGAAACCGACCGAACGAUCGUACGUUGACGAAUCGAUUUAAUUUUCAUCGUAAUUACGAAAUGCCUCAACGAGCUUUGUCCUUCGAGUUCCCAAAAGAAUUUCGGGGCUCCCCAUAUGUAGCCGUGUUACGUGUUGCUUCGAAAGAAUAAAAUCAUCAAAAUAAAUCGGUUGAUUAAAA